AUGGGCGUCGCAUGGGCGCCGGUGCUCUGGAGCACAUCGGCCGCGAUGGCUUUUAUGCUGGGGGUGGUCAUCAUGGUGUUGAGCUUCAACAUGGUCAUUUCGUCGCCGACGUACCACUCGAUCCAUCCGAGCUCGCCUACGUUUGCGGUUUUACAGAGCCAGAUCGUACUCGGCGGACUCGUGACCGGCGUCGCCUUCUUCGGCCGCUGUUGCUUUCAUUCGCAGCGCGCUCCGUCCCUGAAAAUUUACAUGCUCGUGACGGCGGGCUUGGCGCUCCUCGAGCUCGGGUGUGGCGGCUUCUUCCUGCACCAAGCAGUCUACCCCGCGCUCGACGUGUGCGCGUCGCUCGGGCGCCGCAAUGCAACGUCGGAAGCUUGCACCGCCCUCCUCGGCGACGACCGCUACACCACCGGCUAUGAUAUGUGGCAACGGGUAUGGCACCAAGCGACCGCACUCGACUUUUCUGUCGCGGCCGGCCAACUGCUCCAAGGCAUUCAAAACGACGGCCAGUGCUGCGGCUUUAGCAACCAGCGGAGCUGCGCGCUUAGCCUCCACCCAGCGUGCGCCGCUUCGGGCGCAUUCUGCUCAACGUCGACCUCCGAGCGUGUUGACGCCGACUGUGCGAUCGCGAUCGACUGGGACCUUCCGUUUGGCGGCGAAGGACAGGGCAGCACGGGGCGGUGCCUCGAAGACAAUAUGACGUCCGGCGACGGGUGCUACGUCACGUGGCUCUUGUACCUCCAGUCGCAGCUGCAGCACUUGGGCACGCUUUGGCUCGUGGUGGCCAGUAUUCAUUGCCUCUGCGUGCUUGCCACGUGGUAUUACAUUGCCGACAGUAAGCAGCGCUACCCGACGAGCGGCCCCCAGCGCGCCGCGCUCUUGAAGGCCCACUCGACCGUCUUGUGA